AUGGCACCAGGCGCUCUCGUCGACCACGAUACUAGCAACCGUGAUGGUGGCAAGCUCGAAGAGCUCUCCGACGACAUUGACGCUGUCAAUGUUCUGAAGGACCAGAAGAAGGCCGCCUUGGCCAAGAAGAAGGAGGAAGAGGAUGCUUGGAAUGCCAAGUCAGCGUUCGACUCAGAGAAGGACAAGACACAGUUCAGGCAAUACGAGGACGCUUGUGACCGCGUUAAGAAUUUCUACCUCGAGCAGCACACAAAACAGACUGUUGCCUACAACUUGAAGGCACGAAACGAUUUCAAGACAAGGGAGAAGCACCAUAUGACCAUCUGGGAGGCAAUGGAGAAGUUAAACACUCUGAUUGACGACUCCGACCCUGAUACGAGCUUGUCCCAGAUUCAGCAUCUCCUUCAAUCAGCAGAGGCCAUCCGCCGCGACGGCAAGCCCCGAUGGUUCCAGCUGACGGGUCUCAUUCACGACCUUGGAAAGCUACUUUACUUUUACGGAUCACAGGGCCAAUGGGAUGUCGUCGGUGAUACCUUCCCCGUCGGCUGUGCUUUCGACGAAAAGAUCAUCUACCCCGGUUCCUUCAAGGACAACCCCGAUAUCAAUGACCCUAUCUACAGUACUAAGUUCGGAAUUUACUCUCCGGGCUGCGGCUUAGACAACAUCAUGCUGUCCUGGGGCCACGACGAAUAUCUCUACCAUGUUGUCAAGGAGCAGUCCACCCUGCCCGCUGAGGCUCUGGCCAUGAUCCGUUACCACUCUUUCUACCCAUGGCACAAGGAGGGUGCUUACAGAGACCUUAUGGACGAACAUGACCACCAGAUGUUGGAGGCUGUUAAGGCUUUCAACCCUUACGAUCUGUAUAGCAAGAGCGAUGGCGUCCCUGACGCCGAGAAGCUCAAGCCUUACUAUAUGGAGCUCAUUAAUGAGUUCUUCCCCAACAAGGUUGUCGAGUGGUAA